AGUAGCAAAGCUGAACCAAAGACGAAAACCAAGAUCCCAAAUGUUAAAGGAGAGUUCAAAUGUUCAGAAUGUUCUAAAACUUUUCUUACUCAACGUGGAUACGCAAAGCAUGAAAAUCAUCAUCGAAAUGGGUUUAGGAUUACUUGUGAGGUUUGUGGAGUGGCUUGUCCUUCGCCAAGUCAUUUCAAAAGUCACAUGAGGACACAUACUGGAGAGAAGCCUUAUGUUUGUGAAGUGUGUGGCAACUCUUAUGCUCAAAUGAGCACGCUGAAGGGUCACAUGCUUCUACACUCUGACGAGCGGCCGGCGCAAUGUGAAUACUGUGAGUAUAACUGUAAAAGCGAGAAAAGACUGAGGAGACAUAUGAUCGUUCACACUUCAGAAAAAAAAUUUCAAUGCGAAGAUUGCGGAGCGCGAUUCUUGCGAAGUGCUUCUCUAAAGAAACAUCUUCAAAUUCACAAAGAUGUUUGGCCUUUUUUGUGCGAGCUUUGUCCUAAAAAAUUCAAAAGUAAAGUUCAUCUUCGGCGACAUGAAGAAGUUCAUAGGGACGAAUAUAAAUAUCAGUGCCCUGUUUGUGGAAAACGAAUUCGACAAGCAGGGAAUUUGAAAACUCACAUGCGAACACAUAACGGAGAAAAACCAUAUAAAUGUGAAUCGUGCGGUAAGGGUUUUGCUCACAAUGUUACCAGAAAACAGCACCAAGAGCAAUGUCGAGGAAACGUUGAGGUCCUUAUUCAACCUCCAACUGAAAAUGAUUAUACAAAAUAUAACUCUGCACUUUGCAUGGUGGGUCUAAAAUCACUUGCACAUCUGUCCUAA